GACAGCCACUAAGCGCUAGCCGGCCGAUUUUCAGCACUACUUAGCGAAGUGUUUUCCUUUUUUAGCCGGACCACCCCCACCAUGCCAGACGAACACAGCGGAUGGAAGUUCUCCCAAUGUUUCGGCGACAAGGGCCACGCCGAUGACAUUACCGAGGCCGACAUCAUCUCGGCUGUCGAGUUCGACGAGACGGGCCGCUAUCUGGCGACUGGUGACCGCGGCGGCCGUGUUGUCCUCUUCGAGCGCGAGGACAACAAGAAGGGCUGCCAAUAUCGCUUCUGGACCGAGUUCCAGAGCCACGAUCCGGAGUUCGACUAUCUGAAGAGUAUCGAGAUCGAGGAGAAGAUCAACAAGAUCCGCUGGUGCAAGCGCUCCAACUCCGCACACUUCCUCCUGUCCACCAACGACAAGACCAUCAAGCUCUGGAAGAUCCACAACAAGAAGCUAAAGUCCGUGGUUCCCAGCUAUGAGGACGACGCGGACACCUAUGACCAGGAGGAGAUCGACGGGGGUGCCGGCACCGGCCACUACAAUGUCCCCCCGCGCGGCCUGCGUCUGCCGCGCAUGAUGCUGCACGACACCGUGCACACGCACGUUCCUCGCCGGGUGUUCGCCAACGGCCACGCCUAUCACAUCAACUCCAUCGCCCUGAACAGCGACAACGAAACUUUCCUGUCGGCUGAUGACCUGCGCAUCAACCUCUGGAACUUGGAGAUCAGUGAUCAGUCCUUCAACAUCGUCGACAUCAAGCCCCCCAACAUGGAGGACCUGACCGAGGUCAUCACCUCGGCUGACUUCCACCCCCAGUCGUGCAACAUCUUUGCCUACAGCAGCAGCAAGGGCGUCAACCGCCUGGCUGACAUGCGCCAGCGCGCCCUGUGCGACACCGCCGCCAAGGUCUUCUAUGUCGACGACGACCUCACGGACAAGUCCUUCUUCUCCGAGAUCAUCACCUCCAUCUCGGACGUGCGUUUCUCUCCCGACGGCCGGUACCUGGCUUCCAGAGACUACCUUACUCUGAAGAUCUGGGAUAUCAACAUGGACCGUGAGCCCAUCAAGACCAUCCACAUUCAUGAGCACCUCCGCCCGAAGCUGUGCGAUCUCUACGAGGGCGACUGCAUCUUCGACAAGUUCGAGUGCAUCUUCAAUGGCGACAGCCAGAAAUGCCUUACCGGCUCAUACAACAACAACUUCCACAUUUACGAUAUCCACGGCAACGGCGAGGUCAUGCUCGAGGCUUCGAAGAACGCCUUCCGCAAGAAGCAGAGCCUGUCCCGCUCGCGCCUGGGCAUCCGGAAACGCCGCGAUGACCUCUCCCCCUCUAGCGGAGGCCAGAACUCCCCGCCGGAGAACCUCGACAUCACCAAGCGCAUCCUCCACGCCGCCUGGCACCCUCGCGAGAACUCCAUUGCUGUCGCUGCCACCAACAACCUCUUCAUCUUCAGCCAGCUGUGAGCGGGGCGUGACGCUUUUACGUCUCCUCCUUUUUCUCUCCCUCCCCCCCCCCCCUUCCCCC